AGGAUCGUUAUGUAAUCUUUCAGAAGCUUCACUUGCAUUGGUGUUCGAGGUUGUCCAGAGUGGAUUCAAGUCCAAAUCUUGCGUCUCUUUCUGUGAUGUUCAAUCCACAGCUGAGCUGAACUUGGUUCAAGAACACCGGCAACGGACUCGACAUCAUGUUCGGCAAUGAUGACGAUUUCCCGGAUUUUGACUUGGAUAGUUUGGAAUGGAAUCCAUCUCAUCCCUCAAACGGGGUGGUGGCUUCAUCGCACGCCUCUACCUAUGUUCCCAAUAAGCCUAAAUGUACGAAUCAUUCACCAAAUGAGGUCUUCAGAUCAGUGGAUCUUCCCCAGAAGCGACCUUCCCCGUCGGACGAUUCGAAACCAGAGCUUCAAUGGAAAAGAUCUCGCCGAAAGAUCCCUGGACCGGCUGGCAUGCUGUCGGCCAAGGUCAAGCAUGAUUUGGAAGCGGUGCAAACCCAAGAUCAGAUGGCUAGUCAGACUGGGACCAAAGUGAAGAUUGCCGAUUCUCGGGUUUGGCGACAAAUGGUCCAAGAGCAUGACUUGACGCCCAAUAACCCCAAAUCCCUCUUGAAUCGCUACAAUAUCGAGUGGGUGAAGCGGAAAACCUGUCCAGGGACCGGAAAGAAAGCCCCGGUCUUGUAUUGUGCCCUUAAGGCCCUGGAUUUGACCUCGAUGGACCCGAAAAUUGAACUGGAAGAUCCUUCGGGUCAUGUAGACGGAGUGAUUCACCGAGAUGUGAUCGAUAAAUUUGGACCCCUGAUCCAAAUAAGAAGUGUUCUUGUCCUCAAAAAUGUCCAUGUGAUCAUGAAUGUUCUUCAUCAUUACGUUCUCAUCACCUUGAACAAUUUGGCACACAUCUACAAACCUGAUGGACCCUCUGUGAUAAGUGAACGUAUUUUGACUCUAUCUCAAAUUGACUUGGAACGCAAUGCUCGGGAUUUGGAGGAGGUCGAAUUCAAAUUGGUCCAAAAAGCUCGGGUGAGCACCUCAGAGGGUCCAAAACAUGUCAUGGCCUCCAUUGGAGGUCCUGGUCCUCAAUCUUGCCCUAGGCCCAAUGAGGCCGCCAAGCCUAAAUCAAGUGUCAACGUAGCCUCUCAGUUUCAGUUCAAGGCCAAGCUCACUGCAAAUCUAAAGACCUCAGUUGCAUCCACGUCAAGUCCAGGCAAUGAACUUUUAGAAGGUCUAGAUGACGACUCAUUAUUUGGUGACUUCUAGCAUCGUUGGUUCUACAAAUGUUGUUCCCGAUUUUCAUGGCUAAAUACAUUCUUGGUGCCUCUUUC